AUGUCGUCCUCGACGCCCACACCCGCGGGGUCAGAGUCCGAGACGUGGGUGUGGAACCCUACUUUGGGUGUGUACUAUCACGCCGCAAGCCACACGUACGCACUCCCCACAGCCGGCGAGUGGACGUACCUCACGCCCGAGGGGCUGGCGGCGCGCGGCGCUGCAAGCGCAUCCACUCCUUCAGCGACGCGAGACAUGGAAGAGGGAGAACUGGAGGAUGACGUUGGGUGGGGCGGGCUUAUGGACCCCGAGAAGCUCGCUCGCGUCGUUGCAGGCGCGAACACCGCAUCCACCAGCAUCUCCCAAGAGGUAGCAAACCAGGACCGCGACAGGGAUGGAGACCGAGAACGUUACGGCAAUGGCCACGACCCAUAUGGGAGAACCGAUGAGCCCGAACCAGACCCCUCUGCACCAGAACAUAUCCUGCGCCUCGUGGUUCGCCGAUCCAAGGCUCUCCCCCAUGGCGGAGUCGUGCUCGUCGACGCGCGGCCUGGUGGGGUCCAGAUCGGGCGCGACCGACGCGGUACAGGGGAUCCAGCCCGAGUGCGCGUGCGCGAGAUGGAGGCCAGUAAGACGCAUGCUCUCGUUUAUUGGGGCCACGAAGGACGUGUGGAUGCGGCAGUGCGGGCUGCACAUGCUGCGUCGGCAGGUCGGAGUGAGUCCGAGGACCCAUGGGAACUCGGCUGCGAUCAAGAGGACGACGGGAAGACGGCACUUGGUCCCAGCGACUCGGAGGGGUGGUGGAUCGUCGACCUGGGCUCGACUCUCGGUACGUACGUCGCACAUCGCGGCGAGGGUGAGGCGACUCGCCUCAGUGAGCCCAAGCACGCCAGCACACCGUAUCCUAUUCGACAUCUCAGCCGCGUGACGGUGGGUACGACGACAUUCGACGCACACAUUCACGCGGACUGGCCGUGCAGCGAAUGCGCGCUGGCUGGCGCGGAGGAGAUACGGCUGGAGGAUGGUGCCGAAGCGCCGACGCCGGAUGGCGCAUCACCAGCGCCCUUUGACCCACCAGUCGGUGCGGCUGCACGCCGCGGUCAGCGCCAGUUCAAACGCAAGCUCGCGAUGGAUGCGUUGCGUGAUACCCUGCUCGGCGAGGACACGCGCAACGCCCCAUCUCGGGCCGGGUAUGUCGACCGCUCAGCCCAGCGCCGACGCAUGCACCCGCCAUCCCCGCCGCGCCCGAAUGCUAGCCCGGGUCCCGCGAUCAUUGCGCCGCCGCAGCCGGCCGGCCCGUCUGCCGCGUCCCGGGCCAUGCUGGCACGACAGGGCUGGACGCCGGGGGCUGGCCUGGGGCGCGACGCUGGAGGCCGCGCUGAACCUGUCGUUGCGGUGCUGCGUAACGAGCGCGUGGGACUAGGUGCGCGAGGUCAAGUUGCAGAUCCCGGCAAUGGGGCGGGUGGGGACUGGAAGAGCAGAGGGAAGCAGAGGCGGUGGAACGAGGUGGGCCGAGAGUAG